AUGGCCAAACGAUUCGUCAAUCCUGCCUUCAUUAUCAUGGUAUCCGUUCCAAUCGCUAUGGUGCUCAACGUUUUGAUCGCUAUGAACAAGCCUUCGCCAGUUGUACACCAAUCUGUGGACCUCAUCUUCGACCACGUGUAUUAUCGACCAUGGGGUGGUGAAGUCUCCGGCUUCAAGGACAGCACGGCCAAGUAUCAUCGGAGUCCGUGCCCGGCACUCAACGUCUUAGCAAAUCACGGAUUCCUGCCCCGUGAUGGCAAAGAGAUCACCCCGGCUUUAUUCCUUGUGAGUAAAUUACCAGCCGAGUUCUCGCUGGCAGAUCUGGGGGAACACAAUGUCGUCGAGCAUGACGCCUCCCUCGUCCACGAUGACUCGUGGAAAGGACAAGAUCCGUCAUCCGUGAGCGCCACACUGGCCACCAACCUGCUGUCUCGCGGUAAUAAAGACCGUCAACUAACCAGAACUACACUGGCUAGAUAUCGGUUUGAGCGAGAGGCCGACAGUGCUGCCUAUACUCCAGAAUUCAAGGAGACAUUCACCACCGAGCGAGCUCUGACUGCGUACGCUGAGGCGGUGGUAAUGCUUCUGGUAAUGGGAGAGCAGUCAACCAGCAUAUCGGUAGAGCACGCCCGUGCGGUUUUAGUCGAAGAACGACUCCCAGACGACUACAAGAAACCAAGUGAACCAGUUACAAUGACGCAGUCUCUUUGGGUCGCACUACAGCUUGAAACACUCGCCCUACUUAACCUACUUGUAGCCGAUUUGGGGUUCUCUACCAUACUUACCUAG